CAAAAACCGGGUCGAAUUCACGUGAAGUAAUAUGUAACCAACUUCAAGUUCAACAAAUCAAUUCGCCCCAAGAUAUGAUUGCAUUUUUUCUACCAAAUAGUUCCAAAAAUAAAAAUUUGAUAAAUAAAAAUGACUACAUUUUCAUUUUCUUUAAAUGCUUAUAUAUUUCCUUGGAUCGAUUAAAAUAGUUUAUAAACUCAAAGCAUACGCAACAGGGUAACCUUGAACAAUCAAUACGAUGAAUGCAAUGGAAAUUAUAGAUACGGAAUUGACAAAUUCCGAUCCAAUUGAUAGCAAUGCGAAAGCCACAGUAAACUCAGAAGAAGAAACAUCUAUAGUUGAAACUGUGGUGGAGCCGAUGGUGAUUGGUGGUCAACAACGUGAGAUCUAUCAUAAAAUGAUUGAGCGUGUAAAAGAAUACCACAGCAAAUUAGAUUUGCCUCAACUCAAAGUUGAAGGCAAAAUAGAUUUUUACGUAUGUUGCAUUUGUCUUGAGAUUUUCUCGAAACAAGAACAAUUACGAUUGCAUUUCAUAAAGGCUCAUGAUUGUGUUGAAUCAAAGAUUUCAAGGCAGAAAAUAGAAAAAAUUGAAAAUGAAAACGUCGAGAUUGGAGGCAAUUCAGCUCGUGAGCAAUCGAUUGAAAAGACUGAAGAUAAGGUACAAACUGUGAUUAAUAUAGAAGGAAAUAAUGUAGAUAAUGAGUCUGAUUGGCAACAGCCGAUCUCACUGAAAGGCUUCAAGAAGAAACUAAACGAAAUAUUUGUAGCGAAAUGUUCAUUAUCCGGCUGUGGUUAUUAUUUUGAAAAUGACGAAAGGCGGCAAAUGCACGAAAAAUGCCACGUCUCGACCGAUGUGGACCAAGUGAGACAGUUCAAAUGCUUGGAUUGUGCCAGUGAAUCAAAGUUAUGGCGUGACUGCACAUCGCAUAUGUGGAAAGAGCAUAAAAUCGACAUUGACUUAUUAAAAUGCCCAUUUUGUCCAUUCAAAGCAGUGUUUGCAGUCAAAGUUUAUCGACAUCUUCAAAUGCAUAAUCAGUUGAAAGGAUUCUUAUGCUCAUUAUGUCCGACAUCGUUUGAACAGUUCAAUCAACUUCGCCAACACGUUGCCACCGCACAUAUUGACAAAAACGGUCCAUCACGUUGGUACUCGAAGAAAACCUGUGAUAUUUGUUCAAAUGUGUUUGCUACAUCGAAAACUCUAUCCAAGCACAUAAAAGCAGUACAUAAUCGCAUUAAGCCAUUCAUUUGCAAUGUUUGUGGCUAUAAAUCAGCUAGAAAAUCAACAUGGGAGAUUCAUCAGAGACAGCAUACUGGCGAAAAACCGAUGUCGUGCAAAGUGUGUUCAUUCUGUACAGCGGAUCCAAGUGUUCUAAGAAAGCAUGAAAUGCGUCACAAUGAUAAAACGAAAUAUCAAUGCACAGAGUGUGAAUAUACAUCAAUACAAUCGAUUAACUUUAAAAAUCAUAUGAAACGCCAUCAUCCUGACUACUAUCGUAAAUUACUUUGUGACCACUGCAGUUUUGUAUCAGUGAAUCUGGAUGCACUUCGGAAACAUUUACAAGAUCACAAGCUUGGUUUGAUUCGUAAUGAGGAUUCCAAUGAUGGUUUACAGUCGACAUCAUCUAAAAUGGGCAACUCGCAACAAAAUGAACGCAAAACCGUUGAAAUAUCUUCGGAUAGCUUCUUGCCCGUUGAAAGCACCGACUCUUUGGCACAUGAAGCCCUAGAAAGUGGUGGUGUUACAAUACCAGCACAGCAUUCGGAUGAAGCUCAGUUUCCACAUUUUGAAAAUUAAACAGCGGCAACUUUAUCCCACUACUUUUAUCAUUGUAAAAAAAUAGAAAUGAAUAAACGUGAUAAAAAUAAUUUACA